AUGGAGGACUUUCUGCUCUACAAUGGGUACCAGCUGGGCAAGACCAUUGGGGAAGGGACCUACUCAAAAGUCAAAGAAGCAGUUUCCAAAAAACACCAAAGAAAAGUGGCGAUUAAAAUUAUAGACAAGAUGGGAGGGCCAGAAGAGUUUAUCCAGAGAUUCCUGCCUCGGGAGCUCCAGAUUGUCCGCACCCUGGACCACAAGAACAUCAUCCGAGUGUACGAGACGCUGGAGUCUGCUGACGGGAAAAUCUACCUGGUGAUGGAGCUGGCUGAAGGAGGGGAUGUCUUUGACUGUGUGCUGAAUGGGGGGCCACUGCCCGAGAGCCGGGCCAAGGCCCUCUUCCGUCAGAUGGUCGAGGCCAUCCGCUACUGCCAUGGCUGUGGUGUGGCUCACCGGGACCUCAAGUGCGAGAACGCUUUGUUGCAGGGCUUCAACCUGAAGCUGACAGACUUUGGCUUCGCCAAGGUGUUGCCCAAAUCAUGCCGGGAGCUGAGCCAGACCUUCUGCGGCAGCACAGCCUAUGCCGCCCCAGAGGUGCUUCAGGGUAUUCCCCACGAUAGCAAGAAGGGUGACGUCUGGAGCAUGGGCGUGGUCCUGUACGUCAUGCUCUGUGCCAGCCUACCUUUUGAUGACACAGACAUCCCCAAGAUGCUGUGGCAGCAGCAGAAGAGGGUGUCCUUCCCCACUCAUCUGGGCAUCUCGGCAGAAUGCCAGGACUUGCUCAGGCGGCUCCUGGAACCAGACAUGCUCCUCCGGCCUUCAAUCGAAGAAGUUAGUUGGCAUCCAUGGCUAGCAAGCACUUGAUAAAAGCAAUGGCAAGUCCUCCCCAAUAAAGUAGGGGGAGAAAGCAAACCCAAAAACCCGCUUCUA